AUUGGACCAGGGAGAAGAAACUUGCUAAUUGCGGCAUUAUUACCAAGCCAACCGAGUUUGGCUUUUCCACGGCGUCGUUCUUCAAAUACUUAACACUUUCACCAAUAAUAACAGCGCCUCACAAUUUCCUUUUCCAUUCAUUCAGGAGGAUAAUAUCGUAAUGCUCUUUUAGAUUUUUUGCGGAAUCGCUUACGUUUCUUCUCUCGUCAAAUCCUCUUUUCUUCCACGAACCCUGAAUUGUUUUCUGUAGCAUCAUUCAGGUUUUUGUUUUCCGUCGACUUUUGAUACGUUUAUAUUUUUUGUUAUUCGAUUUUUGAGAAACGGAGGCGUUGGGUUGAAAGGGAGAACUGGCUUUCAACUUCGAACUGAUUGCAUUAUCUUGUACUGCAAUUUCAAGAUGGUCUGUCCAGGUUCAACGCAACUGUCUCAUGACGUUAGGCUCAACAGUAAUAUUGGAUUCUGCGGUUUUCAUCGUCAUAAUCGGAUGGGGGUUGGUCGAUUACAUUUGGUCACCAUAAAUCUUUCACCGGGUAGCUUGAAACAAGACUCUUCGACACUCCAUCUUUUAAGUAGACUACAUGCUCCAAUAAGGCACGUGCCUUCCAAAUGUAAUGUUUUCAUAUGUCGGUCUGUCCUAACACCGGGUGGAGGGAGUGGAACUCCUCUCAUGAAAUCUGCUGGUGUUAUUUUAACAAGAUAUUUAUUCAGGUCAUAUGAUGCUUUACAAAGGAACCCUGUUUUGCUUCAAUUGAUCCCAGCCCUUGGCAUCAUUGCCUUUGCUGCUUGCGGUCUUGAGCCACUCAUUCGACUAAGCAGGGUUUUGUUCCUUCAAAGAACUGACAGCAGUUGGAAGAAGAGUAGUUCGCGAUAUAUUAUGACAUCUUAUUUUCAGCCAUUGUUGUUAUGGAUUGGGGCAAUGCUCAUAUGCAGGGCAUUAGAUCCAAUUGUCCUACCAUCUAAGUCCAGCCAGGUUGUGAAGCAGCGGCUUCUGAGUUUUGUGAGAUCUUUGUCAACAGUGAUUUCAUUUGCUUACUGUUUAUCAAGUUUAAUUCAACAAGCACAAAAAUUCUUUGUGGAGGCAAAUGACUCCAGUGGUUCAAGAAAUGUGGGCUUUGAUUUGGCUGGGAAGGCAGUAUAUGCUGCUGUUUGGGUUGCUGCCGUGUCAUUGUUCAUGGAGCUGUUAGGUUUCUCCACACAGAGGUGGUUAACUGCUGGUGGUUUGGGCACUGUAUUGCUUACUCUGGCCGGUCGCGAGAUAUUUACAAACUUUCUGUCAAGCAUAAUGAUCCAUGCCACUCGGCCAUUUAUUGUGAACGAGUGGAUUCAAACGAAAAUUGAAGGAUACGAGGUUUCUGGCACAGUAGAGCAUGUAGGAUGGUGGUCACCAACCAUUGUUAGAGGCGAUGACCGUGAGGCAGUUCAUAUUCCUAACCACAAGUUUACUGUAAAUAUUGUGAGAAAUCUGACCCAGAAAUCUCAUUGGCGUAUCAAGAGUUACAUUGCUAUCAGUCACUUGGAUGUUAACAAAAUUAAUAAUAUUGUAGCUGAUAUGCGCAAGGUUUUGUCAAAAAAUCCUCAAGUAGAGCAGCAAAAAUUGCACAGAAGGGUCUUUUUGGAGAAUGUUAAUCUUGAAAAUCAGGCUCUCAUGAUAUUAAUAUCUUGCUUUGUGAAAACUUCUCAUUUUGAAGAGUACCUCUGUGUUAAGGAGGCAAUCCUUUUGGAUCUUCUCAGAGUUGUCAGUCAUCAUCGCGCCAGGCUAGCCACUCCCAUCCGCACAGUUCAGAAAACAUACGGUGAGGCUGACUCGGAAAAUAUACCUUUUGAGGACUCGAUUUUCACCAGAUCUAGAGCUGCAAAUCGUCCAUUCCUACUGAUAGAACCACCAUAUAAAGUUCAUGGUGAAGAUAAAGUUAAACCCUCAACCCGUGCAGCUCGCGCAAAUGAGGAAAAAGAUUCCAGGAUUGAUGAAAUCACGGCAUCUGACACCAAAGGGGAUGAGAAUUCUGGAGCAACAUCUACUUCGUCAGCUGAUGUAAACAACUCCAGGGAUAAAUCCAAGUCAUUUUCCGAAUCACAGACUAAAAGGGAAAAUGCAGAAGAUGAACGAAAGGGAAGUACCGUUCCUGUAUCUAGAAAUCUAUCUCAAAGUAAUGUGCUUGAAUCCUCUCCGGUUGCUACCCAUGAGACCAUUUCGGCUACUUCUUCACAGUCAAAGCAAGAUGAAGAGAAAUCUUCUGUCUUAUCGGUUAGAACUUCCUUGGAAGAGAACAUUCUUCUCGGGGUUGCCUUAGAAGGCUCAAAACGAACACUUCCUAUCGAAGAAGAAAUUACUCCAUCUCCCAUGCCCACCGAUUCACAAGAAUUUGCUGUUCAACGGAACGGUGGUGGACCUCCUGCUAGCAAGGAUAAGAAGGAUGGUCAGUCUUCAUUCCCAACUGAUAAACAAAAUGACUAGAUUAGUAGCUGAAUUAGGCCGGAUUAGAAAUUGAUAUUUCAGUAUAUACCUCCGAUAGAAGUUAAAAAUGAUCCAGCUGUCUUUUUAUAAGUUGGAAUUAUGCAUUGUAUUCUCCCUAAUUAUCCGUGUAUGUACAUAAUUGUCAAUUCAUGGUUUCACAUAAGUUUCAGAAUC